AACUACUGAUUAGGAAAGGAAAAGAAUAUAAGGCACAACUACUGAUUAGGAAAGGAAAAGAAUAUAAGGCACAACUACUGAUUAGGAAAGGAAAAGAAUAUAAGGAAGCGAUAGAUCUCCAAGAGCUUCUCAAACGUUUCCACAAACGCAAGGUGUCAUAACUUGAAACAAAGUGAAGCGACCCUCCCUCACUAUUCCAGCGCACACUGUGCACUCGAUUGUUUCCAGAAUGGUUUUAAAUUCCGAUCCGCCUCAAGAUCAGGGAAAAUCACCUGGUACGCCAAGAUCAAGAAGGCAAUCUUUUCUAUUGAGGAAGUCAUCUUCUAUUGAUGCAUCUUCCUGUACGAAUCUCGCUGCCACGGUUCCUAGUUCCAGGAAUAUGGAUCUUGGUMCUUUCAAUUCUUCAUUCAGAUCCCAUAGCUAUACUGCUUUAGCUAGCAGUCGUAGGGUGAACCCUUUCGAUGAUCRAACGAAUGAAGAAGUCAGAAAUGUGGCGACUGCUAAACCAGACGAAGGAUUCAGUCGAAAAGGGUUCUUUUCGAUGGCUUUCAUUUGCAAAGUGCUUGGCCAGAUUCCUGCAAUCGCCUUAAUUGGUAUUUUCCAUCUAAUGGUUGGUAUCCCRUUCGGAGUGUCCUACUUUCCAAUGUACUGGACUUCUCACCCUGGAGAUGCAUCUUCUCCAGGAGCUAUUGCAAGUGAUAGCGUCGGUGACGCUGACUUUCAUGAAGAAGGACAAUUUCCGAUCCCAGGAAAAGAAGCGUUUGGUAUUCGAAUGUUUUUGUUUAGUACAUUUAUUGGCCAAGUUGUCUUCGCCUUUUUUUCGGGGUUCAAAAAUCCUAUAGGUCUUCAGAUGGUUGAAAACAUCGGUUUUACAAAAGAGUUAGCCAMAAUUGCGAUUUCACAUCAGGGAUACGGACURGAAGCAUUGUCAACUGUGAUGGUUAUGUUCGCAAUUUCAUCUGUCCUUGUAGGCUUGGUGUUCUUCCUACUUGGUAAAUUUCAAAUGGGGAAGGUGGUUUAUUUUUUUCCAACUCAUGUACUGAUCGGAUUAAUUGGAGGAAUAGGCAUCCUUCUUUGCAAAACAGGUCUGGAGAAUACGAUAUCGAAGUCAGUGUCGAUGAUAACUUUGAUCGAAAGCUGGAACCUUUGGAGUGUUGUCUUAUUUCUAGAACUUAUGCUGCGCCUUCUAGAGUACAUGACAGCUGAUUCGAAAGGAAAUCCACGGUUUGCCUUGUUAUCUCCAAUCUUCUUCUGUAUGAUCACUCCAUGCUUUUAUCUAACGCUCUGGAUUUUAAAGAUACCAGUUGCCGACUCGAAAGAUGCCGGAUAUUUCUUCCCAUCACURAGUAAUGUGGAAGAUACGGAUGAAAGCGAUAUGCCAUUCAACGAAAAUUUCGGAACGCCGUGGGACUUGUGGAAGGUACGCCAUAAAGCUUGAGAGCGUUGCUUGAUUCACUUCCGCCAACUAUCUUGCUACGAUGUUUUCCGAUUGAUGAAUGCUUGACAUCCUUCUCACAUUCCUCGAACUCGUCACUCCAGGUUAUAGACUUUUCUUCCGUUUCCUGGAAAGCCAUUUUAGAUUCACUUCCAACAAUGCUGGCUUUGGUUCUCUUCUCACUGAUACACGUCCCAAUAAAUAUCCCUGCAUUUGCACUUUCAUCAAAGGUUGAUGUUGAUAUGAACAAAGAGCUCGUUGCUCAUGGAAUAUCAAAUAUGUUAUCGGGGGCUGGAGGUGGUUUACAAAAUUAUUUAGCGUACACGCAGUCGGUGCUCUAUGACAAAUCUGGUGGAAAGGGGCGUGUUUCUGGAUUAGCUGUUGCUGCCGUAACUGUAGGAUUGUUCUUCGUGGGACCAAGUAUCGCGAGUCAUAUUCCACGAUGUAUGGCGGGAGCGCUCUUGCUACAUGUCGGCAUCGAUCUAUUCUUAGAGGGUGUGUGGGAUUCGUAUGGAAAAUUCGAUUUGCUUGAAUACUCUGGUAUUUGGUUGAUUGUCAUCGUGAUGAGCGUAUAUGGGAUGGAAGCCGCCAUGGUUGCCGGAGGUAUAGCUGCGGUUUCAACAUAUGCGGUUCAAAAUGUGGCAUACUUGAGCCCCAUUCGCGGGGUUAUGCCUGCAACAACACUACGUUCUAGUCAUUGGAAUCGGAUAGCCGCAUCCGAGGCUAUUUUAGUCGAUAGCGAUGUGGGACGCAGUCGUAUUUUGGUUGUACAACUCCAGGGCCACUUAUUCUUCGGAAAUAUGGCAUUUUUUACGGAUCAAAUACAUGGAUUACUUUCUCCUCCAUCAGGCCAAUCAUCGAAAAGCAACGGAAUCGGAACCAUUGAUGAGAUAGAUAAGAAGUCACCCCUAGUAUUAAUCAUGGACUUCUCUCUUGUGCUUGGGAUUGAUUCAUCGGCAGCCCAUGGGAUUGUGAAGCUAAACGACACAAUUUUGAACGAAUAUGGCAUCCAGCUUUGUCUUUAUGUGACUGGAUCGACGGAAGGUUUUCCAACAGAAUUCGAUUUACGAGGCCAGCUUUCGUCAAAUAAAGGUUCUGUAGACCCUGCUAUCUCUCUACCCGACGAGGAGACAUCACUUCUUGAUAGAUGUCAGGAUUCGCCRUACACCGGCAGCCGCGUAUGUGAUUCACUCGAUGUAGCGCUAAUGGAGGCCGAAGAUGCCAUGAUCGCUAGACAGUCGCCUUCCCUCGUCAAACAGGAUGAGUUGCUUUCGAAGUUGAAACUGGAUACUCAAAGUGGUACGCUCUCGCGCGAAGAAGAAAAAGAAGAAUUCGUUUCUACUCUCAAGGAAAUAUGUCCAGGCGAUUUGGGUGAUGACGACGCAGAUGCUUUGUUCUCGUUGUUUCAUCGAGAAGCGUCCACGAUGGGGGAGCUGAUUUGGAGGCAAAACGACGAAAGUGACUGUGUAAAGAUUUUGAUUCUCGGACAGCUCAUCGCCGAGCUCGAGAACGAGGCCGGAACAACGGAAAUAAUCCCAAGUGGGUGCAUAAUAGGUGAACUCGGACUGGUAAAUGGAGAUCCACGAAUGAGUACAGUGAAAUGUUCGUCGAAAGAAGCAAUUUUGUACAGCAUGAGCCGGACGUCGUUCGAGAGAUUGAUAUCAACGCAGCCACGUUUGGCACGGURCAUUGAUUUGAUUUGCGUCAAAUAUUUGGCUUUGCGAGUCCAGCAUGUUUCCAAUAGAAUAUUUGAAACAAGAUGUCUCCCAAUCUAGGUACAUCUGGUUUCUCUAUUAAGUACAGUAAUAUUAAUCUUGUAAGUUGUUGAAUCACUUUCACAAUUGCUGACGUACUCGUCUGCACUUUCGCUUAGAUGGAGCAUCGUAUUUUUUGUGGUUCGGUGGCGGUUGUACCCAUUUUCCGAUUCCGUGGGGGUAUCGCCGCUCGAGCGAUUUCCAGGAACUCUACCGSGAACAAAACGACUGCAAGCGA